AUGGAAUUACCAGAAGAAUGCUGGGAAUUGAUUUUCAAUUUCCUUGACCACCACCGUCACUUCGAAUCCCUCUCUCUAGUCUCCACUCAAUUCUUCUCUAUCACUAAUCAUCUCCGUCGUUCCCUAAAAAUCUCCUCCCAAACAAUCCCUUUCCUUCCAAAUCUUUUUCGAAGAUUCCCAAAUCUCAAAGGAAUUGAAAUCCCUGAAUUCGAUGGAGACCUCAAUUUUCUUCUCCAUCAAAUCUCCAAAUCAGGGUUAGACCUCGAAUCCCUCACUCUCUCUAACCAAAGCCACUUCCCUUUAAUGGGUUUGAGAGAAAUGGGACUGAGAAUGAGGAAUUUGACGGAAUUGAAUUGCUCGGAAAUGAAUUGUUUACAAGAUACUGAUCUUUCUGCAAUCGGGAAUUCGUUUCCAUUGCUUGAAGAUCUUAAUAUUAGCUUCCCGCAAUACAAUUCACGUUUUGGUCCAAAUUGGUCUGUGGAUUUGCAGUGUUUUUCUGGGAUUGUAACUGAUGAAGGGAUUAUUCACUUGUCGACGAAGCUCAAGAAUUUGCUUAAGAUUGAUCUUUCUGGUAACCAAUUCAUUACUGAUAAAUCACUUCAGUUUUUAUCGGCGAAUUGUUUAUUGUUAAGGGAAAUAGGGAUUCGUGAAUGUGAUUUUAUAACCCAGAAUGGAAUUGGCAUAGUUAUGCGUAGAUGCAUUCAUUUGAAUUCUAUUUCGGUGGAUGGAAUUGGAAUCCCUUCUAUAGAUUCCUUUUUCCAAGAAUCAUUUGUGUUUGCGAAAAAUUUAUGUGAACUUAAUCUUUCACAUUCUUUUGUCUCCGAUGAAUUGCUUUCUUCGAUUGCAGAAGCUUGUCUUCCUUUAAAGAAACUGACCAUCUGUCAUUGUUAUGAUUUCACAUUUGUUGGAGUUUCUUACCUGCUGUAUAAGUAUCAGUUUCUUGAAUACUUAGAUCUUGAAGGAGCAAAUUUCUUGACCGAUGAGUCCAUGGUUAAUUUGUGUGAGUUUCUUCAUAAGUCGACCUUUAUAAACCUUAGUUUAUGCUCUAAGCUGACAAGUUUGACCUUCUUUACGCUUGUAAGUAACUGUCCCUUGUUGAAAGAUAUCAAAAUGGAGAGAACAAAUUUAGGAGUGGAAGAGUUUAUAGUGGAUUUUGGAAUCAACCCCUGUAUCAGGUCUCUAAACUUGUCUGGGAAUGAGAGUUUGAGUGAUGAAUGCAUCAAAAAGAUUGCAAUAUGUUGCCCCAAUUUGCAAGAGCUCAAGAUCAGCCAUUGCCCUACUAUUACAGAGGAAGGGAUUGGAGAAGUUUUGAGGAAUUGUGGUGAAAUGAGACAUUUGGAGAUGAAUCGUUGUUUAGGGAUAAAGUGUUUUGAUAUAGACUUUGAACUUCCUAAAUUGGAGGUUUUGCAAGCAGGAGGACCAUUAAUGGAUGAUGAAGCAUUGAUAGUGAUUGCAAAGAAGUGCCAUGGAUUGUUGCAGUUGGAUCUGGAAGGUUGCCUGAAUGUGACGGCAAAAGGCGUGAAUGGAGUGGUGCAAAGCUGUACAAGAUUGAGGGAAAUAAAUCUGAAGUGGUGUGAUAAUGUAAAAGUUGAUAUCAUACCAAGUAUGGUGUUUUCUAGGCCAUCACUGAGGAAAAUUAUUCCCCCAUGUAAAUUUAUUCCUACUGAUAAGCAGAAGAACUUUUUCUUGCGUCAUGGAUGUUUGGUUUGCGAAGGCUAG